GUGGGGGUGGUAGCGAGCCGUGAGCAGCAGGCGGCGGCUGUAUCAUCAGUCGAGCCGUUUUUGUGGCGGGGGGGAGUGGGUGGUUGAUUCUCCCGCUGAGUGGUUAAAGUGUGUUGUAUCAGAUUUGUUUUUUUUUGGUGCGGGGCCGCUUUCUUUUGCAUUUUCUUCCCUGUUGGUGGUUGAGCUCGCGCUCUGUCUCUGAUCCGUUCUAGAAAGCCCUGUUCCCACCUUCCCCCUUUUCCCUUUCGGUGUGUCUUUUAUAACCCUCUUUUGUUUUGUAACCUGCCGCAUCAUGUCGACAUGAUCCGUGCAGAGAACAAUGGCUAUUCUCGGCAUUGCGAAAAGAGCAGUGGCUCUCACUCACCUCGGCCGUAAACGCUGACUGUGGAGAAUAACCGUGUGUAAAUUAUUUUUGUUGUUGUUGUUGUCCUGCCAUCAUCCAGCAAGACACCUUUAGCGGCAUCGAUUUCUCGUCCUGCUCAUCAUCAUCAACUUCACCAUCAGCCGCCCACCCCCCCUGUCUUUUAUUCCCAGAUCAGGAAGGCUCUUAUUUUAAUCAGGAGGACGAACGCCAACUGUUGGGUGGGUUGUGAGGGAAUUUGUUUGUGCGCUCCCUCUCUCGAAGCAAAGGACCUGUGAAGGCAUUUUAUCUCAUCGUUUCUGGACACCGAGCUGUGGGAUUUUCUUUCUUAUUUUUCUAACGUUAUUCGGACGAAAAUGGAGGCUGUUAUCGAGAAGGAAUGCAGUGCUCUCGGUGGAUUGUUUCAGACCAUCAUCGGCGACAUGAAGGGGAGCUACCCAAUCUGGGAAGAUUUUAUUAACAAAGCGGGUAAGCUGCAGUCCCAACUCAGGACAACGGUGAUGGCUGCUGCGGCCUUUUUGGAUGCAUUUCAGAAAGUGGCAGACAUGGCUACGAAUACACGUGGUGCAACAAGAGAAAUUGGUUCAGCAUUAACCAGAAUGUGUAUGAGGCACAGAAGUAUAGAGUCUAAACUUCGUCAAUUCUCAGUAGCUCUGAUCGAUUGCCUGAUAAAUCCACUUCAGGAUCAAAUGGAAGAAUGGAAAAAAGUGGCCAACCAGCUGGACAAGGAUCAUGCAAAAGAAUAUAAGAAAGCUCGACAAGAAAUCAAAAAGAAAUCGUCUGAUACAUUGAAGCUUCAGAAGAAGGCAAAGAAAGGAAAAGGAGACAUUCAACCCCAGUUGGACAGUGCUUUACAAGAUGUAAAUGAUAAAUACCUUCUGCUUGAAGAGACAGAAAAACAAGCUGUUCGUAGAGCCCUCAUUGAAGAACGCAGUCGCUUUUGUGCUUUUGUUUCCAUGUUGCGACCUGUGGUUGAAGAAGAGAUGUCAAUGCUGGGAGAAGUAACCCAUUUGCAGACUAUUACAGAUGACCUGACUAACCUGACGAUGGAUCCUCACAAAUUACCAACAGCCAGUGAGCAGGUAAUUAUUGACCUGAAGGGCUCUGAUUAUAACUGGACAUAUCAAACCCCUCCCUCUUCUCCAAGCACCACCAUGUCCAGGAAGUCCAGUGUCUGCAGCAGUCUGAACAGCGUUAACAGUAGUGACUCCAGAUCCAGUGGAUCCCACUCUCACUCACCCACUUCACACUAUCGCUACCGCAGCUCUAACCAACCCCAGCAGGUUCCAAUGAGGCUUUCCAGUGUGUCAUCCCAUGAUUCUGGCUUCAUGUCUCAGGAUGCAUUCCAGUCUAAAUCCCCUUCCCCAAUGCCACCGGAAGGAACCAACCAGAAUUCGUCAAGCUCUGCCUCCUCUGAAGCAUCUGAAACGUGCCAAUCAGUGAGUGAGUGCAGUUCACCCACUUCCGUAAGCUCAGGUUCUACCAUGGGAGCCUGGGCAUCAACAGAAAAGUUGACAAAUGGGUUUGAUCACUUCAGUUCAUCUAGUGAACCAUAUCUUGCCUCAGUUGGUGCACACUUUCUCCCACAUUUUCAGCCCUCUUCCCGACCCUGUUCCAGACCUUGUUCAGCUGAUCUCCCAGUUUAUCCUCAUUAUUAUACCAUUGGACCUGGCAUGUUUCCUUCAUCCAAAGUUCCUAGCUGGAAGGACUGGGCCAGACCAGGUCCUUAUGAUCAACCAGGAGUAAAUACAUUACCAAGGCGUAAAGACUCAGAGCAGCGGCGAGAUGCUGAAGCUAAGACUCCAGUGUCUGCUGGCCAGAAUGUACAAAUAGAGGAGGCUCAGAGAACUAGAAGUAUGACUGUGUCUACUGCAUCAAGGCAGGGGGAGGAGGCAGAAAGUCAUGAAGAACUAGCUUUGGCCCUCAGUAGAGGUCUACAGCUGGAUACUCAGAGGAGCAGCAGAGAUUCAUUGCAGUGCUCCAGUGGAUACAGUACACAGACAACCACACCAUGUUGCUCUGAGGACACAAUCCCUUCACAAGUUUCAGAUUACGAUUACUUCUCAGUUAGUGGUGAUCAAGAUAUUGAACAGACAGAGUUUGACAAGUCCUCCACUAUUCCACGAAAUAGUGAUAUAAGCCAGUCCUAUCGUCGAAUGUUCCAGGCAAAGCGCCCUGCUUCUACAGCAGGUUUACCAACCAACAGUGGACCGGUGAUGAUGACACCAGGAGUUGCGACAAUCAGGCGGACGCCUUCAACCAAACCAUCAGUCCGAAGAGGAACUAUAGGAGGGGGCCCGAUACCAAUUAAGACUCCGGUGAUUCCUGUUAAAACACCAACUGUGCCUGAUGUAGGUAGCGUAUUAGAUGUGCAGCCUGGGCCGGAGGAAUGUCCAGAACAAGGUUCUGAGGAUGUAGAAAUCGUGCAGGUCUCUCCAAAGAGAAGCAGUAUACCAUCAUCUGGUUGCCCAUUGGCACCUGUUGUCCCUCCUGUGCCAUCCCAAUCUCUUAGCCCCACAGAUGAUGAAGAGAGGCAGUCUGUGAUGAACCAGCAGAUGACUUCAGAAGUUGGAGCAGCCAACCUGGGUACCACACUGGCAGCUGCAUCUGGGGAGCAGCUUUGUACCGAUUCAGCUUUGACCCUGCAAGAGUUGGAUACGGCAGGUGAGCAUUCCACGGCUGAGGCUGCGGAGCCCCCUCAAGGUGAAGAUAUGUUGAGCGCUAUCCGACGUGGAGUGAAACUGAGAAAAACAACUACUAAUGAUCGCUCAGCCCCAAGGCUUUCAUAAACGUAUAUAUUGUAGAGAUUAAAGUAGAUUCUCUGUCACUCAGAGCAAUCUAUUUUGUUAGAAUCUCAAUGACAUACCACCAUGUAUUUUAUUUAAGAAGCUCAUGAGAGGGGAAACUGGUGAAAGAGAGAGAAAAAGCAGUAAGGGGUAGGCGGGGUGGUAGGGUGGUAAGGCAAAUAGUGGGGCUGGGAAAUUCUUACUAAUUGCAUUACCUUUUUGGAAUUUAUGGUCUGUAAAUUUAAAAACCUGUUUUCUGUUAUAGCUUUUUAUUUUACCAGCUGCUUUUUCCCCUCCCUUCUGCCAAACCAGAAGGUGCCAAAUCAUAUCUGACAUGCUAUGAAUUUCACUGUAAUUUGAUAGAGCAUAACAUGUUCAAUUUUAUAAAAUUCUGGAAUGAAUAAUUUCAUUUAAAAGAAUAUCAUGUAAAGUUGAUCGUAACAGCAAGCUAAUGAAGAAUGCACCAAAUUAAUGGUGCGUAAAGAAAAAUUAAAGUUUUAGCUUAGUGGGA